UCAAGGCGUCUUUGACUGAUCUCUUGAGCUCACUAUCUGGUUAGCUACCUUGGCACAUACGGAUUUGAUGGAAACGAUGUCAACUUCUCAUCCGACUGAGGCCUCAGACACCAAUACAAGCAUCAAUGAUGACCAUUCAUCAGGAACACCAAAUAGGAGGUCUAAAGUUUGGGAACACUUUGAGCCAGAGUUGGUCGAGGUGGAUGGUGCUCUGAAGGCUGUUUGCAGAUACUGCGGCAUGAAGAUGGCUAGCGGAAAAUCAGAGGUUGCAUUUAAUAAAUUUGAGGACCCAAGUUUUUCACCAUGGAUGGCAUCCUUGCAGCCCACAUUUGAUUGCAUUGGGCGCCAAACAAUCCGCAAUGAUUGUGUUCGUAUGUAUGGGAGAGUGAAGCAAACAUUAGCAAGUGAACUGCAAGGUCUUGAUUCUCGCAUAUGCUUCACUUCUGAUCUGUGGACAUCUAACCAAAACCUGGGAUAUAUUUGUCUAACAGCCCAUUAUGUGGAUGCUAACUUUGCCUUGAAUAAAAAGAUAAUUUCUUUCAAAGCAUUGAAGUAUCCACAUAGUGGUCUAGCCAUUGAGGAGGCAAUCACAAGAUGUAUGACAGAGUAUGGAAUAAAAGAAAAGAUGUUCACUAUCACCCUUGACAAUGCAUCAAACAACAACACAGCUUGUCACCUUUUGCAAGAAAGUGCCAAAUCAGACUUGCUGUUUCGUGGUCAACAUCUUCGAGUUAGAUGCUGCGCUCAUAUUCUGAAUCUUCUUGUCCAAGAUGGUAUGACUAUUGCUGAUGCAAUACUUGAGAUGAUCCGGGAUCUGAUUAGGCACAUUAAUUCCUCACCGAGAAGAAUCCAAAGUUUCAACGAGAUAGCUGAAAGAGAGAGUCUUUCUCCAAAGGCUGGUUUGGUUCUUGAUAUUCCGAACCGUUGGAACUCAACUUUUGAUAUGAUUGUUGAGGCUGUGAAGUACAGGAGCGUGCUGAAGAGGUAUGCUGCAUCAAAUCAAGAACCUUUUUCAUCAAAUGAUGACUGGAUAAAAGUUGAGGCCAUAGGUGAUUUUCUUGAGGCUUUCGAAGAAGCUACAAGGGCGUUCUCAGCUGAUAGAUAUCCUACAACACACACUUUUUUGGAUAAUGUUCUUUGCAUUCAUGAAGCUUUAAAAAUUUCAGAAAUGCAAGCUAAUGAAGCCAUUCAAAAUUUGGGUAGAGCAAUGGAAAGCAAAUUCAGCAAGUAUUGGGAUGGGAACUAUAAUAUGACCCUUGUUAUUGCAACGGCACUUGAUCCAAGAAAGAAGAUGGACUUCUUGGAAUUCUUUUAUCAGAGGGUGUGCAACUACUUUGUUGAUAUUGAGACAAGCAUGACUUCAGCUAGAGAAUGGAUGACUAAGUAUUUAAGGAAAUAUGAAGAGAUUGUUAAGACAAAUGGUGUAGAUCCAGUGUAUACUACUGUAUCUAGAGGCAUUAUGGGUUCACCUGUGUUAGCUAAAAGAAGGAUGCACCAAGAGUUUGCCCACUUUAGAAAUCAAAAGAGAGCUAGCAAUACUCAAAAAUCAGAACUUGAUGCAUAUCUGGAAGAUGAACAUAAACUAGAGUUAGGUGCAUGA